GGGCUCCGCGGCGCGGGCAGCCGGCGUCCUGAGUGCGGGCCGUGCCGGCCGGAGCGCUGCCCAGUCCCGGCGCGCUGCCCUGCGCCCAGCAUCUCUGCGCGCGACGUGUGCGGCUGCUGCGCGCUCUGCCUGGGCGCCGAGGGCGCAAGCUGCGGCGGGCAGGCGGGCGCGCGCUGUGGCCCCGGCCUGGUGUGCGCCAGCCGAGCCGCGGGGACGGCGCCCGAGGGCACUGGGCUCUGUGUGUGCGCGCAGCGCGGCUCGGUCUGCGGCUCCGACGGCCGCUCCUACCCUAGCGUCUGCGCGCUGCGUCUGCGCGCCCGGCACGCGCCCCGCGCGCACCUGGCCCACCUGCACAAGGCGCACGACGGACCCUGCGAGUUCGCUCCUGUGGUCAUCGGUCCACCCCGCAGCACUCACAAUGUCACGGGGGCACAGGUGUACCUGUCCUGUGAGGUGAGGGCUGUGCCCGCUCCUGUCAUCGCAUGGAGGAAGAUCACGCAGUCUCCAGCGGGCACCCAGGUGCUGGAGGAACUGCCUGGGGACCAUGUCAACAUCGCUGUCCAGGUGCGGGGAGGCCCUUCCGAUCACGAGGCUACCACCUGGAUUUUGAUCAACCCACUGAGAAAGGAAGAUCAAGGGGUGUACCAGUGCCAUUCGGCCAACACCCUGGGGGAGGCCCAGGCCCUCGGCACAGUGACUGUCACAGAACUGAGGCCUUGGGAGCACUGAUCACAAGACGAUGAAAAAGCCGGCCCCGGACGCUCUGCUUUCUGAAGAGUUGGAAAGAUUGUGCUUGUA